UUACGUCCAAUCACUGAAGCGAACUCGAGCGGAAGUUUUGAACGAGUCGUACGCGGGAAUUUAGCAUUUCCAGCUGGACAUCGGAGGAGAGGUCGGUUUGGGAUAGAAAAAAAUAAAAAAUGAAGGUGGUAACGUGUGAGAUUGCAUGGCACAACAAGGAGCCAGUCUACAGUUUGGACUUUCAACACAACUCAGAUGGACGCAUCCAUCGACUGGCCACAGCUGGAGUGGACACCACAGUCAGGCUGUGGCGAGUGGACAUGGGUCCAGAUGGGAAGGCAGUAGUGGAGUUUCUGUCUAAUCUGGCUAGACAUACCAAGGCUGUCAACGUAGUACGCUUCAGCCCUAACGGAGAGCUGCUUGCUUCAGGAGGAGAUGAUGCUGCAAUUCUGCUGUGGAAGCUCAACGACUCUAAGGAGCCUGAGCAGACCCCUGUGUUCCAGGAGGAUGAUGAAUCUCAACUCAACAAGGAGAGCUGGUCUGUGGUCAAAACACUAAGGGGCCACAUAGAGGACGUGUACGACAUCUGCUGGACACGAGAUGGAAACUUUAUGGUAUCUGGAUCUGUUUACAACACUGCUAUUAUGUGGGACAUCAACAAAGGACAGAAGCUCUGUAUUUUGAAUGACCACAAGAGCUACGUACAGGGGGUGACCUGGGAUCCUCUGGGGCAAUACAUUGCCACUCUCAGCUGUGACAGGGUGAUGCGUGUGUACAGCACUCACACGAAGAAGAAGGCCUUCUGUAUCAGUAAAAUGAGCUCUGAGGGAAAUGCAGAAGGAGAGGUCAAGCAGUACAGAAUGUUCCAUGAUGACAGUAUGAGGUCGUUCUUUCGCCGUCUUUCAUUUACGCCUGAUGGGUCAUUCCUUCUCGCCCCAGCUGGAUGUGUGGAGAUUGGAGAAAACAUCAUAAAUACCACCUACAUCUUUUCCAGGAAGGGUCUAAAGAGGCCAAUCGCCCACUUGCCGUGUCCAACUAAAGCUACUCUGGCUGUGCGCUGCUGCCCUGUUUACUUUGAACUGAGGACCAAAAAGGGAGAAGAUGGUUCUGUCCAGGCUCUUCCCAAUGUAUUCCAGUUGCCGUACCGUAUGGUGUUUGCAGUGGCCUCGGAGGACUCCAUCUUCCUGUAUGAUACGCAGCAAACCCUUCCGUUUGGCCUCGUGUCCAACAUCCACUAUCACACACUCAGUGAUCUCACAUGGUCUCGGGAUGGUUCCUUCCUGGCUGUGUCCUCCACAGACGGCUACUGCUCCUUCCUGUCCUUCUCUCCUGGGGAGCUGGGAACUCCACUGAAGGAGCCGCCCACCCUGGAGGUCUUUGUCCCAAACAGCAGCGUCGAGAAAAAGGGCAAGAAGGCAUCGGCGGCCAAGAAUUCACCCCCACUGUCCCAACCGUCCAGCUCAGCCCCGACUCCCACAAACCAGCCGGUCAUGGCAAAGACGCCCCCUCUGUCACCCCCGCCACAGGAGAAGAAGAGCACCCCUGCUCCCAAAGCUAAACUUCAGCCCCGCAGGAUCACCCUCAACACCUUGGAGGGUUGGGGGAAGCCCACCACCCCUAAAGCCACAGCUCCUUCAGCACCUCUGACCCCAGCAUCUGGGAGCCGGAGUGCACCAUCGACUCCCCAGCCACGUAUCGCUCCUUUAACCCCCACCAGCUCGUCCACGACCCAGCGUCGCAUCACUCCCCUCACUCCCUCCACACCAAAAGUCCUCAGCAGUGCUGCUGGACCCACCACCCCUAAAGAGAAAACCACCCUGAAGGCUCCCACCCCGAGGCGAGUAUCUCUGACUCCCAUUGCAUCCCGAUCUCCAGCUGUUAGUUCACAUUUUGGCACUGCCUCUUCCACUGAGAAGGCCAAACACGAGCGUCCUUCUCCUCCCACUGAUCCCGUGUGCCAGCCUCCAGAGUCCAAACGGACCAAAACCAGUGACCCCCCAGCAAAGAGCAGUGUCACCCAGGAUUAGUGUUUACUGGGAACAGUGUGGUGCUGCGAUAUCGGACUCAAGUGCACGCAGCAGAGAGUGGAGGAUAAAGAAGCUUCAGAAUAAAGCCGCUGAAUCUCCCCAUGGAUGAAACAUCAUAGUGCAAUAGCAUUGUGUUUGCUCUGAUAUUCAGUCUGUACUUAAUCUAACGAGACGAUGCUUUACACUUCACUUAAUGUACUCAAGUUAUAGAACAGUAUUUUUGAAAUCUCUUUUCUUUUUAUAGUUGUGCGUGUUUUAUAUCCUACAGUAAACAGGUAAUGAGGUAAGUGUGUUAUAUUUGAUUUAUGUGACAUUUAAAAGUGCUGUUGGAAAGAGGAAAAUGGUCUCACUUCCUAUCUGUGUGUGAAGACCUAAAGAAGACAAAAUACAAGCACUUCAAGGGCUUGUGCCUUGUGUUGGCUUUGACUGAAUAACUUGUCUUAAUUGCUAAAGACUGCACUAACAGCUUGAGGUUUAAACUCAAAUUUGUUGAGCCUUUCGGAGUCAUUUUGUUAUAAAAUUAAAAAAAGGGCGUGUCACAUAGA